UUGCUUUGGAGACCGCAACACGUUUUCCUGACAAACCAAUGUGGAAAAACCUGCUGGAGGACCGCUGCUUUCACCAGCAAGUUUAAACCAGUGUGUCUGAGAACCUACUCACUACGGGAGUUCUGCAAUGCUCACAGCCGUCUGUGGUUCUCUUGGCAACCAGUGCUCAGAGACACCUUGUUCUUCUCCAAGCCACUUGGAGCUGCAGCCGUUGCAGACAUAUCAACCUCAUACCAGCCCAGAAAGUGGGGGAGAUUUCCAAUCCCCUCUGCAACACACAGAACUCCAGCACUUGCCUCUGACUGCACCUAACACGGAAUACUCGGGUAACAGUGGCUACGAUCUGCAUGGGUCUUCAAGGGUAGAUCUGGACAGCGAAAGCCAGCUGCCACCUGGGUCAUAUUCUAAGCUUUUACAAGCAACACCGGAUAUGUCUCAGCAUUAUGAACCUUGGUUUAGACCUACACAUUCAGGCAAUGCCACUGAUGACAAUAAUGUCAAUCCAUGGUGGGAUCUCCAUGCUGGAUCUAGCUGGAUGGAUCUUCAAAGUGGUCUCCAACCACCAGGCCACACAAGUGGGCUUCAGCCAGCAUUGGGUGGCUAUGGUUCUGCAGAACAUCAACUCUGUGGUCCACCUCAUCAUCUGCUGCCUUCAGCAUCACACCUCAUGAACCAAGAAGUUAUUAAAUCCCUGGAUUCGACUCAAGAGCCCCACCCAAUGGAGCAAGCAGGGGAUAGUAGUGUAAGGCCAAAAAGCUCAAGGCGUUCAGUGACCCGGAGCUCUGGCCAAGCUGCUUGUCGAUGUCCUAACUGUCAAGAAGCUGAAAGGGUGGGCCAGUGCCCUGACAAUUCCAAAAAGAAGCAUCUCCACAACUGUCAUAUUCCUGGUUGUGGCAAGGCAUAUGCCAAGACAUCUCAUUUGAAGGCUCACUUGAGAUGGCAUAGUGGUGACCGUCCCUUUGUCUGCAAUUGGUUGUUCUGUGGAAAGCGCUUCACCCGCUCUGAUGAAUUGCAGAGGCACCUUCAGACCCAUACAGGAACCAAAAAAUUCACCUGCCCUGUUUGCAACCGAGUCUUCAUGAGAAGUGACCAUCUAAGCAAGCAUAUGAAGACACACGAUGGUGCCAAGGAAGAAGCAGAAGGAGAAGCUAAAACUGGAACAGAGCUUCCUGCUAAAAUCAAACGGGAACCUGAGGGAAGCACUUCAAGUGCUACUUCUCAGUCUAAUUGAGCCUUUUUCUUUUCAUCUUUUCCCAAGGAUGUCCAGCCCUUCCCAUCUCUCUAUAAUGGUCAAUCCUGGAAAUAUGCAGAUUUCUGCUCAGAAACUGAAUGUGGAAGGGCUGCACCAUACUGUAUACUCUGGAUUGCUAGUAAUUCUUUUUGAGCCAGGUAAGUGUUUGAGGUAUAUUUUCACGAAUGAAGGCAAAUAUACAUGUCCCAGGAUAAUGUUGCAGGAUUCAAUCUGGGUCGGUCACUGGCACCAGAGGUUUAGUCUUCCAAGUUUUCAGACUUUAUGCUGGAGCCCAUCCUCAGAGAACUUCUCUCUCACCAUGUGUGCUUUGGGCUAUUCUAUGCAUAGUAUUUAUGUGAUGCCAGAUUGUGUGUAGCUUUUUAGUUGUUGAUUGGGGUGUUGCUAAAUCCUUAGCUCCUGAAUACCUGAUAAGUUGGUAGUAAAUAAACACUUCUGUAGACUGACAAGGGGAUGUUUUUUCCAGGCUUCAGUCAUUUCCCUGACUAUUUUUGUAUUUGCUUGGCCAACAGUCUUAGUAGCUGUGAAAUUGAAUGUACGCCCUUGUUCAUUGCAAUGUAAGGCUACCAAUGAGUUGGGGUUUCCUCGUCUGACUGCUUCCUUGUGUUCUUGCAAUCUGGUGGUUAGCUUUCUCCCUGUCUGUCCUAUAUAGUCAUGGAGGCAUUGUAUGAAUUGCCUCUGUGACUAUGAUUGCCCUUGUGACCUGCAUGGAUUGCUUCUAGAUGAGGAGGAAGCUAAGCAUCAGAUUGCAAGAACACAAGGGAACUAUAAGACGAGGAGAGCCAAACUCAUUGGUAGCCUUACAAUGCAAUGAACCAGGACAUAAUUCAAUUUCACAGCUACAAAGUUUGUUGGCUAAGCAGGUCCAAAGGUAGCCAGGGAAAUGGUUGAGCCUGGAAAACAGGCCUCUGUUGUCAACAGGAGUGCUGAUUUACCACCAUCUUAUCAAGUACUUAGGAGCCAAGGACAUGGCAGCACAAGUACAUAAUAGCCAAUGACUUAAUAACUGGUCAUCAACACCUCAAUCGACAAUUUAAAAAAAACACACACACAACCAGGCAUCACAUAAAUAGCCCAAAGCACACAUUCUGGUGGGAGAGAAGAGGGGCUCCAGCACUAGUCCAAAAGCUCAGAAAAUUAAAACUCUGGUCCCAGUGACCAGAGGUAUAUUUUGCACAAAAAACAGUAAUGUCCUUAUGCCCAUCUCUUAAUCUCUCAGCAGACUACUUGAGUUUACCAUAAAAAGUAACACUGGUUGAUGUUUAAAAUAUUUUUUAAGAUCAAAAUUUGGUAGUUUACUUUGAACACAAUUGUCUUCACUAAAACAAUUGCAUUAACUGUCCACAAAAAGCAAAACAUUUACCCCAAAGUUUUGUAAUUUCUCUUUCUAAAACUUAACCAGUUCAAUACUGUUCCAACUGAUAUUAUAAUCCUCUGCUAAUUAUAUUCUAUAUGAUAGUGAAAUUUUAUAGGCAAAUCAGAUUUAGGAUAAUUUACUCAAGAAUCUCCUUCAACCCACCCCCAAUUUGUUUCGGUUCUUCAAAGCAACUUCCUACACCCCACAAUCUUAGCAUUUUCCUUCCUCAUUAAUGACCCCACCUGGGAAGUUCAACCACACCGCCUGUUACCUAGUGGGGAUUUAACUCAUGCACUUUCUGGCUGAUGGCAAUGUUCUUGGCUGUUCCUGCCCUUCCUUCCUGCACAGUAUGCUGUGCACUUCAUACUAUUGGCAGAAGGGACGACUUUUAAGGAAAGAGCAAAAUCACGUGGGAUCUCAUGCAGCCUCAUAACAUGAAGGUGUCCAGACAUGUCCAGGCCAGAAAACAAGGGAGGAAGGCAAUAUCUAACAACAAUUGCUUGGGAAAUGCUCAUUAAAAAUUUAACUCCGCCCAAAGGAAGAAUCCUUCUAUUUUUUUUCUAAGGGAGGGAAAUAUUGGCUCUUUUAAUGUGUUCUAUCAGUCCUCCCAGCAUUAGCAGCAAAGUUUCUGGCUGCAGUUAUAACAUUUACAAGCAGUUGCAGUUCUAACAUUUACAAGUUUAGAUCCAUUACACACUAGCUAGAGAUGAGCAGGUUAGUGAUCCUUAAAGAAGAUUCUUUGCAUGGGGUUAGACAACUUUCUUCCUAUUAACCAAGGCAACUAGUGACAACCGAUUUCACCAACAGAGUAUGUUUGCAGAGAGGGUAGUGGGAGGAAGAGAGUAAAUAAAGUGAUUAAUUUGAAUACUGAAUUUCAGUUUAACGACACUUCAAAAAUUAAUAUCAGAUGAAAUGCUGUAAACUCAAGCAAUGCAUUAGCUAUUAAACUUUUAUGAGGAAAUUUUUCCUAAUUUUAUAUGCCUAUGUGUGGAAGUUCUAUAACAAGGAAAUGACAUUAUGCAUGAGUUGAAAGGCUCCAUAAUUUUCCUCCUUGCUUGUGACAGAAUUCAGAUAUUGGAAAUCAAUGAAUUUAUACUCCUCUGUUACUCAAAAUGCAUGAAAUUAAGCUAGAGAUCCUCUGAGAUGAGAGGGACAACAUGCCCUCCUUAUUAUUGCCUUUCUCUUUCUCAGACGGAUUACUUCCAGGACAAUAUCCCACAACAAAGAUCUUAUAAACCUAAACUUUGCUGAUAGUUUUUUUCUGAAAGAAUUUCUAGUGAAAAGCAUUUCUGAAGGAAACAUAUAGCGACACUCACACUAGAGUGACCAUCUAAGGUGCUUGUGUGCUUAUUCAAAUUAUGGCAUAAUCUGUGAAUUGUAGACAAUCCUCAUGUGCCACUUAACAUUUGAAAAUACCUCUUCCUUCUCUUCCUGUUGGACACAAACUUGGUUAGAAAAAAAAAUCCUCACCUGCUGUGUAUAUAGAAAAAACAAGUCCAGACUCUCCACUUCAAAAUACAUUAUUGCUUGUCUGGCUCCAGAAAUAAAUUGCCUCUGUCUUUAUAGAUUCCUAUCCUGUAUUCAAAGGAUUAUUCCUGUUCAAAUCUGGUUAAACAAAAAUAACAGCAGAAAAGAUUUAUCUGCCCUUCAUCUAAGCAUAUCGACUAACAAAUUGGUCCCUUGGUCAAAGGCUUCUUCAUUAUGGCAAAAUAACAUGAUUGUUUUUAUUUUAAAUUUUGAAUAUACACAUGCAACAUAGCAUAUCUGUGAGAAAGGCCUAAUAAUGCAAAAAAAAGUGUCUCUUGCCUCAUUUUUUGUUUCUAAGUGGCUAGAAAAUGAUGUUUCGUUUUCUGGAAAAGACAGACACUUAUGUACUAAAGAUUAGUAGGCCUACAUGUCUCUUAGGAUAUGCAGGGUUGUGUGUCUGCAGGAGAAACUUCAUUCCUGUGUGGAAAUUCCACAAGCAAUGGCUGAAUCUGCCGGGUGCAUUUUGUGCAACUUGCUGUCCAUUGAGUGCCUGCCAAAUGCCUAAGACACCUGCUCCUUUCCCACACCCACUUCUCUCUCGCCUGCCACUCUCUUUGCCCCAGGGAGAGCUGAUGUAGGCGAGGGGGAGGUGGGAAGAGUUCCCAAAAGCCAGAGAAGCAGGCCCAGCAAGGAUUCCAAUGAGAUGGCCCAAUUGUGUGGGGCAAAAAAGGGUGUGUUGCAGCACCUGUCUCCUGUACAAAUCGGGCCUUACAUUUUAAUUUAACUUUUAUGUUAAAAAUAAAGCUGCAUGAGCAAGCUCGAUAUGAGGUACUUCAGCUACUGUCUUGUAAGGAUGGUUUGAGAGUAUUAUAUUCAUUUGAUAUUGAGACUUCUUCCCUAAUUUAAGGGAUUUUAUCUGAAUUUCUUGUCCCCUCCACUUUCAGAAGAUGAGACACAUUGCUUCUUGCAAGAAUGUGACAAUUACAAACCAAAAGAUUGCUUUUUUGUUUUCUUAGUCCUUCCCACCUAAAAGCUCUAUUUUAAUACAAAAUAGGGUGCAUUAUGUAGUAAAUGUUAUUGCUAUUAUAAACCCACUCCAUCCAAGUCCAAACAUCACUAAACAUUUGAGUAAAUAACAAUACUUCAAAUGCUAGCUGUAUGUCUGCAAAGAAAUUAAAAGGGGGGAUGAAGGAAGAAAGUAAAUACAAAAUAAUCACAGAAUACCAAAAUUUUCAAAACCUUGCUUCUGCUCUGAGUGGAAGUUAAAGCCUUUGAGUUGGUGCUGACAAGAUCUGCUGUUUACUCCAAACUUUAUUUUUUUUCAUAAAGGUACAUUUUUAGUCCUUGGCAUUGUAACAUGUAAUACUUAGUCAUUGUUCUAACCAUACCAGAAUUAUCCUAAAUGGCUUUUUUAUUUAAAAUAAUCCCAUCUACAAUUUCUGGGCUGUAGUACAACUCAUUGAAGGACACGUAUCUGGGUUCUGUGUUGAAGGAGAGGGUUUUGCAACUUCAGUUACCACAAUUAGUAGUUCUAGAAUAAUAGUGAAAAUGUGUGAUAAAAUAAGAUUUGGAUCUUAUUUUAGGUGUGGCUUUAUCGUGUGGCAUAUCAUAUAUGGACUAGCAAUAUAUAUUAAUACAUUAAUAUUUCACCUAGAUUAGUAAAACAUAGUAAAAUAUAAAUUUUAAAAAGAUCUAUGUUCAAACACCAAUAUCUAGGCCCUCUAAGCACUGAAGCACAGAAUCGUUUACAUUAACAAGUGUGGAUUUUAAAUGCUAACAGGAUUUCUUUUUCCUUCAAAAUCCAAAGUCUCCAAAUUCAGAAGAACUCAUUAUUACAGUAGCAAUAGUUUCCUUUAUGACUUUCUCCAGUCCAGUUUUUAUGUACAUAAAUAUUUGACAGGGGCCAAAUAUGGAGCAAUAAGUGGAGGAGUCAAUAAAAAUGCUGUAUAUAAUAGAUGAUGAAUGUUUUCUUUUAAAUUAUAAUUAGAGGAAAUACUAUUAAUGAGAUCUGGAAAUUAUCUUUUAAAAAGUAUCGAACUCUACGAUAUUCAAUUCUAGAACAAUAUCUGACAACUAUAAUAUCCUGCUUGACAUAUUUUAUCCCAAGGUUUUAUGUAUGCUUUGAUCUAAUGGAGUAAAGCUCUGUAAAAAAAAAUGUACCUGUAAUUCUCCUUGGCACAAAUAGAUAAUGAAUGCGUCUUACAACUGAAUGGAAUCUCCAAGAUACACAACCAAGUAACUGCAAUCCUUUCAGCUGAGCUCAAAAACAUUACCUGUAAAAAUUACCUUGAUCUAGUUUUUGGGCUGUAAUAUACACAGAGCCAGUUUUACACAUAUUUUUGAAAUCCCUUCCAAGGAAGGGAUGAACUGUAGCUUAAAACAUGGAAAGAACUAGCAGAUGAAAUCCGGAAAAAAGAAAAAUGGAAAAAAGGGGGGAAAAAAAUUAACUCAUUCCAGUGCAGUAAAAGUCUAUUCAUAAAAUAUUACAGAUUCUCCUGGUUUGGCUCUUUUUAUCUCAUUUCUUGCUUGUUAGAUCUGAGCGAUAUUUUAUGGAUCUAAUUUUCCAAGACUUGCCUUAUCAUUUAUUGUUAAAAACAAUGAAAGGAAAAGGUGAAUGAACAAACAGCAGCAGGGAUUAUUGGCAGUUAAAAUAUGGCACCUGAAAUACAGGUAGUCCUCAAUUUACAAUUAAUUGCCUAGGAGCCAUUUGAAGUUACAACAAUUCCCCCAAUAGUUAUGACUUAUUUCCAAAGGAUGCCUCCCCCUGAGGUCAUGUGACCAUAUUUUGGUGCUCAGCAAGUGAACUGCAUUUACAGUCUUUGGCAACUUCCUGCUGUCAGACAAUCAUGAUUUAAGCCUUUUCUUCUGGAAAUCAGCAUUUUCUUCGUUUCUGACAAAACCAUGGCCCAUAGAGAACAACAGAUUCACUUCACCACCACCACAUUUGCUUAACAAGCACCAUAAAGAUUGUAAAAUCAGGUCAAUCACAUGAUGAUUUGCUUUACAACCAUCCCAACUUAACUGUAAUUAUGAGGGUUAAAUAUGAUCAUAAGUUGAGGACUAUCUGUAUAGCUCAGAAAUGCCAAACCUGAAUUCCAUGCAGCUGUAAGAGCCUUGGAUGCUUUCCCUCAUGGUCGUUUCAGAAGCUGUUCCUGAAUUAUAAUGUUUAAUGUGGUGUAGAGGAAAAACAUUGAAUGCAUGGAGAAUAACUGUGUUAAAUGCAUUUCAUUACAUUUUGAACAACGUGACAAAGACUCAGCAGCACUGAACCCAAAAGAAGAAGUGUAUUCCUGCUUUAUAGUUUAUUCAUUUACAGGACAGAAUAGAGGCUUUUGAUAUUUUUCCUCUGCCUUCAGUGAAUUCUUCCCAAGUUGCUGAAAAGAACAGGGAUCAGGUGAGAGGUAUUGCGUAUUUUCCAAAAGUAAUUUCUGUUUGGAAUACUUCCAGGCAGUAAAAUAUAGGCAGAGGAGCCUUACUUAUCUCUCUGGGGAAGUGUUCAAUAGAGUUAACAUAGACCAAACUAGUAAUCACAGCUUCUUCAAGCCUUAUUGAAGCCAAGAGGAAAUUCUUUUGUCUCCUGCCAAAUAGUGUUGUUGUUUGCCAGUGCUCUUACUGAAAAAAGACUGAAGUAGAUCUCGAUGCAGGAGUUUUUCUCAAGCUUUCUUGCAAGGUGGUGUCAUAUCCAAACACUUCUGAAUGAAACAGUAACAUCUACACUGUAUAAAGAAGGUUAGGAAUUGCUUUAAAAGUAGUCUCUUUGGAACGAAGUUCUCGUCUGGAGACUUCAUAAACUGUCUGUUUAGUUUUCUUGAUUACAGUGUUUUGCCCCCUUUUUCAUUAUCCACUAUCUAUUUCAGUUUUAUUUUAUGGAAGACUCUUAGGUGUCAACCAGCAGCAAUGAAAAUGGAGACUGGAAACAACACCAGAAGGAUGUAGAGCAAACAGUGGACAUCCUUGUGGUGGAGGUGGCUGCUAGAUUGAUGGCAGACUCCCCCUCCUCCCCCUUGCUCUCUGCUCUCCACCAUCCAUCUUUUUAGUUAUCAUAUUUUAUGUAUUUAUUCUCAUUUGUGUUUCUGUCUCAUUGUUUACUUCAUUGUUCUAUCAUUCUGUUUAUGUGCCUUUUCAUUUUUCCUCCUUUUUAUUACUGUAAACUGCCUAAAGUAGUCCCACUCUAGGCGGCUGAUCCGAUUUUGUUUAUUUAACAAAUAUUUAAAAGCAUCCCCCCACCCUUCCUUACGCAGAUCCUAUGUGCAGAGCCUGACUUGAAAGCAUAGAAUAAGAAAAUUUUACAAAUAAGGAUUGAUUACAAAACAUCUGAAGUCAGUGAAAAUAAAGGGAAUAAAGGUUCUUGCUAAUUAGGUCUGAGAAUAGAGUAAACUCUGGUGUGCAAAUAGUUUUCUUUUCAAAAAAAUUUGCUAUCGGAUACUUAUAGCUUUUUUCCCACAAGCAAUCCUUUAGCUCACUUAUUACAACUAUUAAUAUUUUCUUCUAAAAUGUCAUGACUUGAAAAUACUGAAAUGUAAGUUGAAUAAAGUGCAUGUUUUAAUGUUUAAAUCUC